UGAAUAUGAAAUUGUUGCAUAACUGAACAAUUAAACCGAAUUAUUUAGAUAACCAAAGUGAACACCAAAUUUAUAACCUUUAUCAUGGCUUAGUUGAUGACUUAAUAAAUUGCGCGACUUAUCAGUAGUUUCAUAUUGUGUAACUUGUAAACAUCACAAUAUUAUUCUCCCGUCAAAAUGAUAUUAAUUUUGGUGUUAAUUGCAAUCGUCACCGGCUUGUACUUUCUAAACUCACACUACAAAUAUUGGGAAAAGCGUGGAGUUCCAGGACCCAAACCCACACUCUUUAUUGGUAACUUAGCAGACAAUUUUCUCGUCAGAAAAUCUCUAGCCGAACUAUAUGGAGACAUAUACAAACAGUUUCAAGACGCUCGUGUAGUGGGAAUUUUCAAAGCAAGUACCCCGACCCUAAUCAUCCGCGAUCCCGAACUGGUCAAAGAGAUCGAAGUUAAAUCGUUUCAAAAUUUCCACGACAACGAAAUUUUCCUGGACAAGAACAUCGACCCGUUGUCAGGACGAAACCCAUUUUUUUUAAGAGGGGAAGAAUGGAAAACCACACGGGCGCUCCUAACCCCCGCUUUCACCAGCGGAAAGAUGAAAUGGAUUUACCCUUUACUGGAAGAAGUCAGCAAGAACUUCGUCAAAUACGUCGAAAACCACCCAGGGACGACCACCGGAGAAGGGCUCAAAGCCAAAGAAAUAUGCAUGAGGUUUACUUUGAACAACGUAGGAACUUGUGCCUUUGGUCUGGACGGGAAAACCUUCGAAGAAGAAAAUCCAGAGUUUAAGCAAAUCGCUGAUAGGUUUUUCAGUCCGGAAGGAAUCCAAACUAUCAAAAUACUCCUGAUUAGUAUCAUUCCAGUCCUGUCAAAGAUAGUAUCCAUCAAAUUUACUCCUAAAGAUGUUGAAGACAAGGUCAGAAACAUAGUUAGACAGACUUUGCAGUACCGUGAAGAUAACAACAUCGUCAGGAACGAUUUUCUCCACAUUUUGCAUCAGCUGAUGAAGACAAACAAAGACUUUACUGAAAUAGAUGCCACAGCACACGCUGCUGGGUUUUUUGCAGACGGCUACGAAAGCAGCUCGAUUGUGAUGCACUUCUUGUUAUACGAACUAGCGGCAAACCCUGAACCCCAGUCCAAGCUCAGAGAAGAAAUAAAUAAGGCGUUUGAAGCAAACAAGGGUACUUUACCGUACGAAGAGUUGCAACAUUUGCCGUACUUAGAUGCUGUUUUUAAUGAGGGGAUGCGACUACGUCCUGCCGGAGGUACUUUGAGCAAAAUUUGCACCAAAGACUACACCUACGUGCCAAAAGAGGGCGAACUUAUUAAAAAACCUUUCGUUAUUGAGAAAGGGACUCCCAUUGUUUUCCCUUUGUAUGGACUACACAGUGAUCCAAAAUAUUUUGAGCAACCGGAGUGUUUCAAGCCUGAAAGGUUUCUCGAUGGGAAGAAAGAUAGUAUGAGAUAUGCGUUUUUGCCUUUUGGUGAAGGUCCCAGGUCUUGUUUAGGUCAGAGGUUUGGUACUUUGCAGAUUAAGAUUGGUGUUGCUUAUCUUAUCAGGAACUUUGAAAUUUCUGUUAAUAAGAGGACGCAGUUGCCGAUUAAGUACGAUCCUGUGUAUUUUUUAACGUUGCCGAAAGACCCUGUGUGGCUCGAUUUCAAAAAAAUUAGAUAGUUUUGAGUUUUACUGUUUCUUUCGUAUGUAAGAUUUGAUUUAAAAAUCUAGAUUUUGCUUACUA